AUGACACGCAGAAUCGUCUAUGGAAUCUCACUAUGGGUAUUCCUGGGAGCAGCUGCAUGCACAAUAGCCGCUAUAGCACUUCCAAAUUGGGUCUCGUACACUUCGCCGACCGACCACGACCCCAUACGCGUCACAUAUGGACUGCACAAGCGCUGUAGCUCCAUUACUGGUGGGUGCACCAAGUUCCCGCAGUACGAAGACUGUCGCGGCGAUGAUAAGAGCUUCUGUUCCAUGUGGAGGAGCACGGGGUUCUUCAUGAACUUUGCCGUGGUCCUCGAGCUUGCAAGUAUCAUUGCAUACAUCACCAUUCUCGUUGGAGGGAGAAGUACGAGAGAAGCAGGAUGGAAAAUCAUAUCUCCGCUCCUAUCUAUCGUAGGGCUUACACAGUUGAUACCUAUGGCAUUGGUGGCCGGACUCUACGAAAAUGACAGCCGGUUUUUCGUCGGCUGGGCGCUGGACAAAUCUUGGAUCCUGUGCACUGUCAGCUGGAUCGUCCUAACUAUCAACGCUGUGGGAGUUGCUUCCGCCGCAUGCAUUUUGCCGUAUGACGAUGACUAUGAGCCGAUAUCAUAA